AUGGAAUGGGACUGCUGGGAGCAGGUUCCAAAGCACCGUGCUGAGCAGUUUCAAAACAUCUGUGCUGCCCUGGGGCUGGUUAUUGCGAACCAUGAGGGGCCGGAGUGCCCCACGGUCCAGCUCUUCCCCACGUGUACCUGGAUCCACCUGCACGGUAGGGCGUGCACCGGGAAGACCAAGACUUUGGCCGCUGUGCGUGCGAUGCUAGAGCGUUCUGAGCCGUCCGUAGGCUGGCUUCACGUAGACUGCCGAACACUUGUGAGCGGCGAGCAGUUCAUGGCUGCAGUUGCUCGUGAGGUUUACGCGAUCGCAGGUGCCCGGGAGCUGUCUGUUCCGGAGCCACCAGCGAGGUGGAACCUGCCACUUUUCAUGCAUACUUUAUUAGAACUGCUGGAGCGGCUCGAAGAGCGAGAUGUUUUCCUCGUUUUGCACCUGGAAGGUAUAGAGUGGCUUCGUGGUUUGGACGACUUUUCCCGCAUUCUGGCAUCACUCAGACGCUUGUCAUUUUUCGCGGAUCGGUGCCGUGGUGCCACAACCACUGGCGCAUUGUUACGCUGGAGCGUGCUCGUAGAGUCUCGCCUUCCACCCUCACGUCUAUUCGAUCCUGUUGAGUCUUCCUAUGCACCAGAUUGGACGCUUUACUUCCCGCCCUAUGAUCGAGCGGCAUUGCGGGAUAUCUUGCUGCAACAUUGUGCCUUUGCAAAUGCCGUCCAGCCUCGUGAAGCGGAACGGCCGCAGACACCCGAGAGCUCUGGUCGAGAUUUGUGUGCAGAUGCUUUCGUGGAUACACUACUGGAUGUUUGUCACGACCUCACAAACGAUUUGAAUGAGUUGUCCUACUGGAGCGAUGUCUUGUAUCCAAAAUACGCAAAAGCCUGGCGCCCACGUCCCGGACACGCCGCUUCGCUCGCAGGUGCGUACUCGGCUUGCUUACCAUAUUUUCGACAAGCGGUCGCAGGAGUCUAUGCACGUUCGACAAAGCAAUCGAAAGAAUGUAUCGAGAAGAUGAACGCUCUUCAUGGACAGCGUACUUGGCGGGAAAUGCUUGCUACAGAGUCCCGCCUCUCGAAUGCUUUAGUGCUCGCCGGAUACCUUGCUGCUCAUAUCCCGCCAAGUCAUGAUCGAAAACUGUUUGAAAAAGCAGCAGGUGGCGUUGCGGGGCGUAAAAGGCGGCGCGGCCCACGCGUCCAUGAGGAAACCGGCCGCAAGACCAGGUCAUUCUCAUUAGAGCGUCUGCAACGCCUCCUGGAGGCCAUAUCAGAACGCAGCAUGGAUGCCGAGCUCAGAGAAUCCGACAGCCUUAUUCGAUGGAGUACAACACCGCCGACCGGUGCUGUACUCGCGGGUCUUAUUGGUCAGGGUUUCUUUUCUUCCGUAACGCAGGCACGUUCAGCGGAGCGCCAGCGACUCCGAUGCUACGUGAGCCGCGAACUCGCGGAACACGUUGCCCGCAAGUUUGAUAUGAACCUAUCGGAAUAUAUAAGUGAAACCUAA